GGCUGCAGGGCUCGGGUCGAGGGUGGAAGUACCCGACAGGGAUUGGGGGCCCGAGUUGCGCCGCGCAGCAGGCUACGGUGCACGGUUGCAGGGCGGCGAUAGGAUCAUGUGCGAGGGCCCGUCCCGCAUCUCUGGACCCAUCCCCCCAGACCCUACACUCUGCCCGGACUACUACCGGCGGCCGGCCUCGGCCCAAGGGCGCCUGGAAGGAAACGCGCUGAAGCUGGACCUGCUGACUUCAGGUCGCGACCUGGACUCCAGUCCUCCUCGUGGUCCCCGCAUCAGGCCUGGAGCCCGAGAGAUCCUAGAGCGUGGCCAGCGAGGCGUGGGGGACGUGCUGCUGCAACUGGGGGGCAUCUCCCUUGGUUCAGGGGUCUCUCCUAAGAGGAAGGAUCCAAAAGACCACGAGAAGGAAAACCUGAGGCGGAUCAGAGAGAUUCAGAGGCGCUUCCAAGAUCAAGAACGCAGCCGGGAGCAGAGCCAGCCUAAGCCCUUGAAGGCACUGUGGCGCUCACCCAAGUAUGACAAUGUGGAGUCUCGAGUCAAGGCCAGGAUGAAGGAGCCUGGCCCUGCCUCUGUGACCGAGCCUGCCCACUUCCUUCGGGCACAUUCCCGCUGUGGCCCUGGGCUCCCACCAUCCCGUGUCUCCAGUCCUCAGCUCACCCUGCCAGGUUCCAAAGCUAAGGUGAGAGGAUCUGUGGGGACUAGAAAGGCCGUUGGCCAGCUGUCCUGGGGUGGGGUACAGAGGUACAGCCCAGUGCCACAGGGUCUCCACCAUGCUUGCAUGUCCCUGCAGGGGCCAGGCCUAGGUGUGGAUUUCAUUAGUCACAAUGCCCGGGCUGCCAAGAGAGCCCCCAGGCGCCGUUCCCGCUCACUGCAAGUCCUCGCACAAGUUCUGGAACAGCAGCAGCAAGCCCAGGAGCACUACAACGCCACACAGAAGGGCCACGUGCCCCAUUACUUGUUGGAGCGCAGGGACCUGUGGCGGAGGGAAGCUGAAGCCCGCCAGCACAGCCAGCCAGACCCUGCCAUGCCCCCUGGCCACAUACUCAUGCCUGAGAAUCAGCGGCUAGAGACACUGAACACUCUGCUCCAGAGCCAGAGCCAGCUGCUACGUGAGCUAGUGCUGCUACCUGCUGGGGCAGACUCUCUGAGAGCGCAGGGCCACCGUGCUGAACUGGACCGGAAGUUGGUGCAAAUAGAAGAGGCUAUCAAGAUCUUUUCCCGACCCAAAGUCUUUGUGAAGAUGGAUACCUAAGCCCUGCCUUUGUGGGUAGAGUGACAGGGAGAUCCAUGCUGAGCAUCAUCACCACAUGGCUACAAAGGGCAAACUCAAGCCCUGUCAUAGUUCCAGAGACAAGGCAUUGGGGGUGGGCAGUUUCUCUAAAGUACUUCCGAGUCACUGGUAGCUGCAGAAGGGCCACCAAGCCUUCCGACACCUAUGUCAAAAUUAAACGUGGUUUUGUACACA